AUGGAGUUAUCUGGGUUUCCACAUCAGGUAGGAGGUCAUUUCGGACUACUGCAAUGCAACGGCCAUGUUGCAAAGCCAAUGAACACAAGGGAACUCGCUUUCUACGAGCUAAUGGGGGACAAUUUGAGGAGAUUUGUACCGGACUAUUGCGGACGAGUCAGAGUGUGCGCCACCGUGGACGAUGACGGCGAGUUACAUUUGGUCGCUGAGCCGGUCGUAGAAUGUCAUCCCAAACUGAAAAGAUCGGGCUCUGUUCGUUUCCGCAUUGGUGAUUCGGGCAGAGUUGAGGUGAUCACGGAUCGCGUCCCGAACAACUACUGGGCGGCUGAGUGUCAAAGCAAAGUAGUUCAUAAGCUGCUGGAAGGGUCUUAUUCGUGGUUUAUUUUACUCAACAAUAUUGUAGCCACGUUUUCACGGCCAUGUGUCCUUGAUCUCAAAAUAGGAACCAGGCAACACGGAGACGAUGCGUCUGAGUCUAAACGCCAUCGUCAACUUAGGAAAUGUCGUGAAUCGACUAGUGCGACGUUGGGAGUAAGAAUUGUUGGAAUGCAGCUGUACGAAUCGAGAACGAAGUCCUAUACCUUUGUUGAUAAACAUGAGGGUCGACGAAUAGAUGCGACUGAGUUCCGAUCGUAUCUACAAAAGUUCGUUCGCACUUGUGGAAUCGGACGAGCAGCUCGCCUCAGACACAGGUCAGAUUUCUCAUCUUUUUCAGAAUCGUUUAUUUAUUUCUACUUGACAGUUGUUUACGUUUGCUUGUUGCCCUUUUGA